GCAGACUUCGUGGGCCAGCUCCCUGGUGCAGACGCUUAUCUCGCGCUUGCCGGCAAAUAUCAUCUGGAAGAUGGGGCCGUACUCUUUUGGAUAGCGAGCAUGGACUCGAAGGGUGCUUUGAGAUCCAGGUGGGGGAUGCUGCCGAUGAGGGGGUAGGCUGUUGGGCCGGGGAUUUUCUGGUAAGGGCAGCCCGCCUUCCUGGGGCACUCUGUGAUUGCUGUGGCCAUGAUGAUGUGAGGGCGAACUGAUGUGAGGAUGAACUAAUGUGGCGGAGGCGUGUGGUGGCGGAAAACUGAAACAGCCAGGACAAGACUGGAUAUAUGCAGCAGACAGCCCAACACUUACUGCAAGGUGUAUUAUCCUGUGAUAAAGACGCAGACAAUAACGCCGAUAACAACCCUCACCGAAAACCAAGCCAUUACCCAAAACGCGGGUUACCCAGCCUAUACAGCUUCUUCCAUGCAAACUGAAUCUUCUCGAGAGGCCUCCGACCGAUGAGGACAAUCCUCAUCAACCGCGACGUCGCGCAAAAUGCCUCGUGCAUUCGCAUUUCUCGCAUAUUUAAAUCCCUCACAACCCGGAUUCAUCCUCUAAGCCUCAGCCUCGAGUCAAGGGCGCAUCUGCCAACAUGUCACCCCUAGCCCCCGAAGACGCAACGCCUCGGUCCAGGCCAGCGGCAAAACCUACCACUAACCUCGAAUCCUUGCCCGUCGCCCCCCGCGGCACCAUCCUCCUGCUCCAUGGCUGGCCAGACACCGCAUGGACCUGGCGGCACCAAAUCCCCGCCCUGAUCGCCCCGCCUCUGGGCCUUCGCGUCAUCGCCCCUAAUAUGCUGGGAUAUGGGGGGCACUUCUGCGCCGGAUGACGCCCAGGAGUACAGCUUGAAGGAGAUGGCGUCCCACAUGCGGGAGUUGGUACGCCGCGUCCUGGCUGACGACGCCGACAAGAGGGUCUUGCUGAUAGGCCACGACUGGGGCGCCGCGCUGGCCUGGCGAAUGGCCGCGCUCUGGACACCCGACCUGCUCCGAGGUGUCAUCUGCCACAACGCGCCCUACCUACCGCCCGAUCGCGGGGCCUUUGUCGAUCUGGACGCCUACGUGGCCGCCAUCCCGUCGUUGCGCUACAUGCAGCAGCUUGCAGGGGACGAGGCCGUGUCCGUCAUCGACAACCCCGCCGACUCGCAUGCCAAUCUCUGCGGGUUCCUGAACGGCAUCUACGACGGCCGCGGCCCAAACGGCGAGGAGUCCUUCACCGUGUCUGACGGCGUGCAAAAGCCCGAGACGCUGCGGAUUAUUGGGCCCGCCAAGCUGAUGAGCAAGGACUGGAUGGAUGUGUACGUGCGGCAGUUUGCGGCCAGAUCUUUCCGCGGGCCCACGAACUGGUACCGCACCAGGCGGGUCAACUACGAGGACGAGGAAGGGGUCGAGGUACCCCCGAUCCAGCUACCCAGCAUGGUGGUCAUGGCAUCGGGAGAUGAGGCGUUGCCGCCGGCACUUACUGAUGGGAUGGAGUCGUGGUUUGCCGAGGGAAUGCUGCGCAAGGAGAUCGUCGACGGGGGACACUGGGCACUGGGAGAAUGUGGAAACCGUAAACGGGCUGCUGGCCGAGUUUUUGGGCGGUGUGUUGAAGGUUUGAUUGCUGCGAGAUUUAGCAUGGGUGGUAUAAGCCUGAAAUAGUCCCUGUUUGAGUGCCGCUGCGUUCGAAUGAUCGACAUACCCGCCAUGCAAGCUUUUUUGCCACGG